AUGACGGAAAGUGGUGGCAACGACGGGUUUGGGGGAGAUGAAGUCUCCUUGUUGGCGGAAGAGCUUAUACAACUAUCAGUCAAAAGCUCGAUGGUGGAACCAAAUGAGAAAUCGACUCUAAUCUGUACUAUUUGGACAGAGAAAUCCUACAAUCCGGAUAGUUUCAAAGCGCAGAUGAAAAGUAUUUGGAAAACUAAGAUGAAAUUUGAGAUCCAAUCGGUAGGGCAAAACCUUUUUAUGAUUGUGUUUGAAUUACAGGAAGAUUUAGAAACUGUUCUGGAGGGUCAGCCAUGGUUGUUUAGGAAGAGUCUAAUUAUCUUUGAUCGAUUGACUAAUCCAGUGGAAAGAGAUCAAAUCAGACUUGUUUCAUCCCCGUUCUGGAUCAAGAUUGGACUGUGCUUACCAGAAUUUGACAAAAAAGAUCUCUUGCAUGCCAUAGGGGUUACUUUUGGAGGCGUUCUUAGAUCUGAAGUCAAUGGUGAGUUCUGUCGCCUUAGAAUUAAAUUAAACGUACAAAAACCCCUUCGUAGGGGUAUAUUUGUUUUAAGAGACAAUGGGAAUAGAUAUUGGAUUCCUUUUAAGUACGAAAAGCUACUGAAAUUCUGUUUUGGUUGUGGAAAGCUGGGGCAUGAUCUCCAGGAAUGCACAAUAAUACAACCUGCAGAAAAAGACAGAAUUAGAGAAAACCCACCUUUCUCUUUAGCACUGAAAGUAGAAAUAAAUUUGGUUGGCAGGGAGAGCCUGAAAUUUAACGCUUUAGCAAAAAAACUACAACCACAGUGUUCGUAUAGAGGAGGUGGUAAGGAGGACCAGGAGAUGUACUUACAGAGUGGUAAAAGUAGUGGUAUGAUCCAAGAAGUACAAGAGGAUUCGUGGGUAAAAUAA